AAGCAACAGGUCGGGCUCGCUGGGGACGGACCCUCGCGCGGUCACGCACCCAGGGAAGCGCGGCGGGGAGGGGUAGGCGCAGCGCGGGGUGCGGAGCCGCCGCCCCGCUCCGCACCGCUCCUAUCCGCGGGCAUGCGCGCCUGCCUCGCACAUGCUCACUGCGCCCGCGGCGGGCGCGCACACUCCGCAGCGCUGCGGCUCCGGUAUAAGGAAAUGCUAGAUCUAGUGAUAUCACCCAGCCUGACUGUAAAUAGAGAGUGCCCUGACAGACUGAAGCUUAACCUUACUAACAUUUAUGCCACGGCUCCAGAUGACAUAGAAGGUAAGUCAAAGCAAUCUUUUCACAGUGAGUAUGAAGGCAACAGCAAAGCAGCGCCACAGUGUCCUCUCCAUCUGUACUCCACAAAACAUUAUCCCCAUAUAGUGACAGUCCAGUCUUUCCCAACAAUGGCAACAUACGGACAGACUCAGUACAGUGCAGGAAUUCAACAGGCUGCUGCAUACACUGCCUACCCUCCUCCAGCGCAGCCCUACGGCAUACCUUCCUACAGCAUCAAAACAGAGGACAGCCUGAGCCAUUCCCCAGGACAGAGUGGGUUUCUUAGUUAUGGAUCCAGUUUCAGUACCCCGACUGCUGGACAAGCACCAUAUACCUACCAGAUGCAUGGCACAACAGGGAUUUACCAGGGAGCCAAUGGCCUAACAAAUUCUGCUGGAUUCAGUGCUGUGCAUCAGGAAUAUUCGUCAUACCCAAGCUUUCCUCAAAGCCAGUACUCACAGUAUUACAGCUCCUCCUACAACUCUCCCUACAUGUCCACAAACAGCAUCAGCCCUUCAGCCAUCCCAACCUCCACUUACUCUCUGCAGGAGUCUUCUCACAACAUCACCAGUCAGAGCACAGAAUCGCUGUCUGGAGAAUAUGGAACAACACCAGCAAAAGAUGUAGAAACAGACAGACAUCACAGAGGGUCAGAUGGCAAGGUACGAGCCCGAUCAAAAAGAAGCAACGAUCCUUCCCCUACUGCUGACAGUGAGAUUGAGCGUGUAUUUGUGUGGGAUUUGGAUGAGACGAUAAUUAUUUUUCACUCCUUACUCACGGGAACUUUUGCAUCCAGAUAUGGGAAGGACACGACAGCGUCUGUGCGGAUAGGUCUUAUGAUGGAAGAAAUGAUCUUCAACCUUGCAGAUACACAUCUGUUCUUUAAUGACCUGGAGGAUUGUGACCAGAUCCACAUAGAUGAUGUAUCAUCAGAUGAUAAUGGUCAAGAUCUAAGCACAUAUAACUUCUCUGCAGAUGGCUUUCACAGUUCAGCUGCCAGUGCAAAUCUAUGUCUGGGCUCAGGCGUUCACGGAGGAGUUGACUGGAUGAGGAAAUUAGCAUUCCGCUACCGUCGGGUGAAAGAGAUGUACAACACCUACAAAAACAAUGUCGGGGGUUUAAUAGGAGCUCCUAAGAGGGAAACCUGGCUGCAGUUAAGAGGAGAACUCGAAGCGCUGACUGAUCUCUGGCUCACACAUGCUCUGAAGGCGCUGAAUUUGAUACACUCUCGGCCUAACUGUGUAAAUGUGUUGGUCACCACAACUCAGCUGAUACCAGCUCUGGCAAAAGUGCUUCUCUAUGGACUAGGCACUGUCUUCCCAAUUGAAAACAUUUACAGUGCAACAAAAACAGGAAAGGAGAGCUGUUUUGAAAGAAUAAUGCAAAGGUUUGGAAGGAAAGCCGUGUACAUUGUAAUAGGAGAUGGUGUUGAAGAGGAGCAGGGAGCAAAAAAGGUAACACAGCUGAUCAGGGUGGUGCGCACCAGCAUUAGGAGCACCUGUUUGGCAGACCUGGCACGCCAACUCCCUUCCAGUUACAGUAGCAGGUGUUCGUCUCUCACUAGAGCAAGACUAUCAAGGUUCACUGUUCCAGAGAAUCUGAUGGCAGGAAGGUAUCUGUAACAGCUUUACACAUGAACAUACAGGGAAAGCACGCACACACACACACACAGGCUUUGCUCAGCUUUUUUACCUCCAUGUGAACAUAUAUGUAACAGCUUUUUACUCACAGAAAUACAUAAGGCCUGAGAACACACACCUUGCUUAGCAUUUUCACCUGUGUUUCAAUGUGUUUGCACACAAUGUCACACCAUAAGAUUCCUUGCUCAAUCACAUCAUUAACCAGAUCUGCAAAAACAGCAUGGAAUUUUUCACAUAACUACAAAACUGCCAAGAAAAUUAUUGCAAAAAAUAUACUUCAUUGUCGCAGAUGGAAGACUACAUUGUAAUUAUUUCACAAGUUUCCUGUACUGAAUUUUCCUUGCAAGUUCUCACGUUUAACCACAAGAGGGCAGCUGGGCUUCACCACAAGCCUCCUCUACACAGCUGAGUAACAAACCCUUGGUUUAGUGCAGUCCAUCUCGGAACCCUGGAGUCACUGCAUCUUACCUGAUGGGUGUGAGCUAAACAACAAUUCGUAGCAUUUCACCAUUUUCCUGUAGGAGAUACGAUUGGAUGGAUCAAGCAAGUACAGUGGAGCUGACACACUGGACACGGAGCAAGCACAAGAGUAGUAUAAAAAUAAUUUUUAGAAAAGGAAGGAAAGUAGAAAUCUCAUUGUUUCUAAAAUGCCUUCAGUGAAGGUGCAGCUGUACAAUGGCUUUUAAAAACGAUCUUCUAUCAUUUACACAAAGCAAGAGUAAUCAUCCAGAGGAACUUUGGUGUGAAAGACAAAAAAAA